AUGGGUAGAAAUCGGACGAAGAUUUCGCCAAAACUUGUUUACUACAAUACCAUCAGCAGCCCAUUGUCGCCAGCUCGGAGUGGAUUGAUUGCAACUAACGCGACCGGCGCUUUCAGGUCAAAGACUACCCAGCGCGUAUGCCUAGUUGGCUUCAAGAAGCUGAGCGACUUCCAUCGACUUUACGUUUGUUCUUUUCUGCGGAUCGACAUAACGCAUCCUGCAGAAUCAGAAGAGUCCCACUGGUUCUUCGUUCGGUUCUGGAGUGUGUGGAUGAUGGCAGUGCUUGCUUUGUACCUGGGCACAGUUCUCAUGGACGAAACCCUGCGAUCGCUUUCCCCUCGAGGUCAGUUCAAUUUUAUUAUUUUUGCCCUUCUAAUUUACUCGACACACAUGGAAGCGUUCGUCAUAGCGAACCUCAUGCGCGUGUGCCGCAAAAAAUGGGUCGAGAUAAUAGCCGACUGCGAACGCCUCGAAGAGCGAAUGGUAGCGACCUCUAGCAUGGCACAAAGUAUGCGUUCAUCAGCCCAAUUCAUCCUGUAUAUUCAAUGGUUGAUAAUCGCGUUCAAUUUUGGUAUUAACAUUAUCAACGAUUUCGGCAUGGGCAUGUGGAACCACUAUAACAUUAAGAUGACCGUUCAUAUGCAGGCAACGUGCUAUAUUUUUAGCUUUAUCGGUGGGCUGAUGAUACCAAGCAAUGCCACUGUCGCUCGCGUAUGGAUGAUGUAUUUCGGCCGCUUGUUUAGAACCUAUAUUCAACAAAUAGCUAAGUUGCUACGGGAAGUUCUCGAUUCCAAUGAUACCUUAGAAGCAAAAGUGAUUGCUAUAGACGAUCUUCGUGUCCAACUCAACCACGUUCGAGUCAUUGCUGAAAAGCUCUCGAAAGUCCUGGGCGUGGGGAUCUUGUUUGGCUAUGGAUAUACCAUACCGUUAUUAUGCAUCGGGGGAUAUUUUGUUACCAUGCCCAGCAUGCGCUUCAGGGUUCGAGCCUAUUUUGCAGCGUUUGCAUUUGCCCACAUCGUGAGUAUCCUCGUGCCGGUCGUAAUUGUAGCGCAGCUAUCUCGUGGGAUUGCGGAUUUGAAACGAAUGAUUGAGGAGAUGUCAGUGAGGAAUGCCCCACCCUUAUUGCGAACACAUUUAGCUCUCUUGGACAGAGCGGUAUUAACAGAGGAUUUCCGGAUUGAUGCCCGCGGAUUCUUCAAAGCAGAUCUCGAUAUGUUCAUUAACAUCAUGGGCGCUUCCGUCACCUAUACCGUUGUCCUAUCUCAAGCCCACAACCGGAUGUUCGACGAACAAACCAGCGACAUGAGCCUUCUGGAAGUCUAA